CAUACAUGCAACGUGAGGACGGUCGCAGACAAGAGACAGUCGUUUGACGCUUAAGCAGACCUGACGCACGGAUGCGGCGAGCCACAUUGUCUGCGUUAUCUUGUGUAUAUAGCUUUGUGGUGGCAUGUGUGUUGGCUGCGGCUGCCGACGAGCAGCUAUGGAGCGACGAUUCGCCUGGCACCCGAGUCACACGGACAGCACUGGAGUUUCGUGACGCAUUGGCCGAUGCUUCUAUAUCAGAAGUGUUAAUCGAUACAGUAACAAUUAGCAUCAACGACACGGCCGUGUGGGGGCCAACGAUAAGCAUCACUCGAAAUGUGACGAUUCGAGCCCGAGAUAUGGCGCAGAAUCGAUACCCAGUCAUAAACAUUGGCACAGCGGUUAUGCUGUUUUCCAUUGGGCCAGGCUACUUCAUGACUUGGAUCGGCAUCGGCGUGUUUUACGACCAUGCGACGCUGGGACCUGGGGUGCGGGCUUAUCGGCUUUCCCCGGGUGCCCGGAUAGUCUACGACAAGUGCUUAAUAAGGCGGCUGAUUGGGCUUCCCUACGAGGAUGCAAUUCGGAAUGCUGAGUCUCUCAUACGGCCCGCGGCCUUCCCGGGAAACCAGACCGUAUUGCUUGUGAACAACGUCACACUUCUCACCAGCGAGCCGGAGCCGCGUGUGUUGGACCGCGCUACUCUGCUGGUUGACUACGCGGGCUCCGUGGCGCCUGACACCUCGAUGGCAUCCCAAGGCCUUUUCUUCGGUGGCUACGACGUGUGGAUACACGGCCCCAGUUACUUCAUUAACGAAUACUUUGUCAACGCGACCUGCCUCGCCACCCGUCCAAGCAGCGAAUGUGUGGCCCUUUUGCUCAAUGAUAUUGAGUUGGAAAAGGCCCGGAAGGAGGCAGCAAAGCAGGCGGCUGCGGACAGCGGCAGUGGCGGUGAGGACAACACGGCCACGAUCGUGGUUGCUGUGGUGGUGCCGGUGGGCUCCGUGCUCCUGGCGGCUCUGGUGGGGUCCAUCUGGUGGGCGCGCCGCAACAGGCGGCGGGAGCUCGAGCAGCGGCAGCGCGUCAAAGCCGCCGCGGACAAAGCAGCAGACUUGGAGGCGGGCGACCCACGGGAGAAGACGGGCUCUGGCGGCGGGCGGCUGGGAGUGCUUGCAGGCGGCUUGAGACGCAGCGGCGACGGCGACGUGUUCCUAGGGGUGGAGGGGGAGCACGGCCUGCCGCAAUGGUCAGAGGCGGCACAUCUUGAGGCGGAUGAUGUUGGAGACAAGUCCCAGCAUACUCCUCUCACCAAGCCGGCCGCCUGCAGCAGGCAGCGGAUUUCGGACAACGCAAGCAGCACUACCGACACGGAGGCAGGCGCCUGCUCCGGCAACAGCAGCGCCGACCUGCAGCCUACGCCUCACCUGCAGCCGCCGCCUGCUGUGCUGUCCGCCGGCCUGGAGGGGCGCCAGGACGGAGAGGAGGGGCUGGCGCAGGCAGGCCAGCAGGAGCACCCCAGCGGGAAGGAAGGGCACACGCAGAUGUACACUGGGGGCCACAGCAGCUCUCUGGAUCCCUCUCAGGACACCAGAAUGAGUGCCCUCCGCAUGAAACCCAUUUUCACGCGCACGCUGGAUGCCGCACCUUACUUCAUGUCUGGGGCUGCAGCUGUUGGCCAGUCAAUCAAAGCGCUUACUGCCUUCAGUGGAACGGAUUUACAAGGUAGCACGGUGAAUGUGAAGCCCCCGCCUGACCACGUUUCAUCGCCAGAGGAGGUUGUAGCAGAGCUGGGCGCAAUGGUGAAGGAGCUCCGGAGCAACGCGAACCACGUGGCGAUUGUGCUCGAGGGCGUGUUGGGGCACGGCUCGUUCGGCACCGUGUACAAGGGCACGUGGCAGGGCUUGCCUGUGGCGAUCAAGACGGUUGUGUUCUCAGCCAACCAGGAGAGCCGCAGGCAUGCCCUAAAAGAGGCGGCACUAUGCCAGAGCAUCGGCCACCCCAACGUCAUCGCCACUUACGCGACCGAGCUGCAGCCUAUUGGGGUUUUGCCCAGCCGUGACAAGUCAUCUGACCGGGUGUCGCCUUCUGACGACCCCAGCUCUAGCCAGAAAACAUCACACCUCAACAUCACGGACUGGCGUCUGUACAUCAUCCAGGAGUUUGCGGACGGGGGGCCGCUGGCCAACCUGUACGGACACCGCGCGCUGUGGCUCUCGCCCGGCGUCGUCAACCUGGCGGCGGUGGUGCCCCUGGCCCUGGGCAUCGCCCGCGCCCUGGCGCAUCUGCACUCCAAGCGCAUCGUGCACGGCGACCUCAACCCCAACAACGUGCUGCUGAAGCAGGACCCCGCGCAGCCGUCUGGAUACGGGGUCAAGGUCGGAGACUUCGGCCUCAGUGUGCUGCUGCCUCACGACCGCACGCAUCUGAGCAAUAUCGUCAUGGGUACCAUGUUCUACAUCUGUCCUGAGGUGGCCUGCAAGGGCCAUGUGGGACCGCCCGCGGACGUGUUUUCUCUGGGCGUCAUCUUGUGGGAGCUGUACCAUGGCCGGCGUGCGGGAAUACGGACCCAGGAGGGCCCCCGAUACUGUAGCAACUUCCCGUCCUUCCCGCCGGGCUGCCCCGAGGAGUACCGGAGGAUCACGUUGCACUGCAUGCAGCGUCGUCCGCAAGACCGGCCGGACGCGGUCACCAUUGUCAGCACGCUGCAGCGCCUGCUAGAUAACCUCGGUGCUGCGUGACAAUUUACUGGGCCAGGUGCCGCAGUGGCCACGUGCGAGGAGGGGUGGUUUUGUGGCGCUGGCAGCGCCGUCGGGGACUUGUAAAGCUUAUCAGUAUUGAGGCACAUGUGCGUGCAUGAAUGAUAGCAAACCGCUCGCGCACGCACACACGCGCGCGCUCCCUGGGCAUGCUACUUUUGUUGAUUUGCAAGUAGAGCUCGCAUGCAUGGCGUGACAAAUUCGUGUGAAUUCACUCGAAGAUCCAACUUGGAUCUUUGCUUGGCAACCUCGCAAUGUGCGGUGACAAAGCAGCCUCUGGUCAACCGGAACUUUGAGUGAGCACUGCUUUCCGGAGAUGGCUACAUCUUUUUGCACCACUUGAGGGUGUUAUUCGGAGUGCAAUGUAGCAUGACUUACAAUGGAGAAGCCGGGUGCACCCCUGGCCUGCGGCACGUCUGCUUGUCGAAGGAAUGAGAAGCCAGGGGUUAGGGGCCCUGGACCCCUGGUUUCUUCGUUGAAUCUGGCCGUCAUAUACGCAUGGCGUUGCCUUUCAGUACUGUGCGCACGCGUUGGGGAACGCGUGCUUGAAAUGUUGUUCGAAGUCAAACUACUGCCUGCUGGUUAUUGACAUGCGUGUGGUCACAACAACGUGACAGAACUACUUCCCGUGAAUUGCUAACAAAACACACUUCAAGUGUGUGGGGAGGCGUAUAGGGCCUGGCCUUGCAUGCGUUUUCACAACAACGUGGGUACGGUGGGCCAUCUUUAUUUGCUUAAUAUUCGUAGACUUGAAGGCGGAGUGCAUGCCUCCGGUGCUGGUGAUCACGCCGUGCAUACGCCUAUGGCUUUUGUACAGCCACCUGGAGGAAUAAAUACUAGAUUGGCGAGCGUACCGCACUGCAUAACCUUUGGGUGAAGGACAGCGGGGUGGCAUCCACAAGAAGAAUCGUGGGGGUGGUGCGGACGGCACGUGUGCGGACGGAUUGAGGGCCCCAAAACACGACGAACAUUGCAACUGCGCUGAACCGUACUGUUAUUUCUGGGAUGGGGGUAAUAAGGCAAGGCGUAAGAUUAAGGUGGAGAGCAAUGAAAGUCGCGCAACGGGUAUAGGGAGGAUUGGAGGAAUAUGGGGAGCGUAAGCUUGACGCUAACCCGUACGCUCGGUUGAGUAAGACCAAACUUACUGUAUUUGGCGUGAGGGCACGGUGUGUACAGUGGUGCGCAGUACGGUACCUGCAGGCACCCGCACAAGGCUGCACGCCUGCACAGCGGCCUGUGUGCCAUGUUUGGGGCUGAGCCCCGAGAGCGGCCGAUGUCUGACUAGAGUUUCGACCAAGGUAGAAACUCU